AUGCAUGCUGAGACUGCAACAAAUAUAGAAGUGAACAGUCUCUCAGGAAGGAAUAUUAAGCUGACUUGUACAGGAGACUCCUGGAAGAUAACUGAUCGUUCUGGUCGUCCUGAAGAUGGAAACAGCCUUGAGUUGGAAUACAACGAUGACAAAUCAGGAGAGUACAAAUGUACAAAAGACGAAUAUGUUAAAGCAAGCAUCUUUGUGAAAUUUCGGACCUGUGACAACUGCAUAGACCUGGACGCGGGUUCAAUAUCAAGCAUAGUUAUAGGAGACGUGGUGGCUACCAUUGUGAUAGGAGUGGCUGUCUAUCUUAUCGCGUCUCAUGCCCGGACCGCUCCAGUCCCCUCCAACAAGAAAAGCUCUGAUAGACAGCACCUGGUUCCAAAUGAAGCCAGAGCCACCAAUGACCAUUACCAGCCUCUGAACCUCAGAGGUCCGAAAGACACCUAUGAUGAACUUAACAGAAGAUAGAGGGAUGGUGGUCUUCUGCCUGGGAUCCCGAGACAACUCAAACAUUUGCAAGUCAGCUUUCUGUUGUGGGAAUCACCCCUCCUAUUCUUCACUGUAUCAUACUAUUUUAAAUUAGGGUCUCUCAUAGUCAUUUUCACUAUGCCUGUACAAUGAUGCUCUUAUAUAACAGACCGAUGACAAACAGACUUGGUAACCAGUUGCUGUGUGUAAACAUUUUAAUGAAACUAUGUGAUAUUUUUUUCUACUUUUCUGCUUCAACAGCCUCAUAUAAUGACUCACUGUAAGAAUUAAGUGUUUAUGUAAAAAUUAUGCAAAAUUAAUAAUUGAGGAUUAAAAAAUGGGCUGUGUUGUCUUUUUUUUUUUUUUUUUUUUUUUUGCUAUUUCCAGUGGU